GUGUGUGUGUGUGUGUGUGUGUGCGAGACACCAAGUGUUCUGGCUCUCCUUAUAAACAUCCAGCAUCUUUAUAAGUGCACAAGACACAUUCUGGUCUCUAAUCCCUGAUCACCUCCACCAGUAACCAUGAUGAUCCUGAGCACCACUGCUCUCGCUGGACUCCUGCUCUCUCUCUCGGGGUUUGAAGCCAUAGUGCAUCUGACUCAGGAGAAGAUCAUGAACGUGAACACAGGACAAGACGUAAAGAUUCUCUGCAGGAGAGAUAGUGGUAGCUGGGUCAUUUCCUGGUACCAGCAGAAAGCUGGAGGUCCUCCAAAGUUCGUAUUAGCUGAUAGCACCAGGGCCAGUGGUCUGUCCAGCAGAUUCACAUACACAGACAGUGGUGUGGAUGAGUACCUGAACAUCGCCCGAGUGGAAGCUGAGGAUGAAGCGGUGUAUUACUGCGGCUGCAUCAAUUGUCCAAGCAGCUUCGGUGGAGGCACCGAGUUGAGGAUCGCUCGUCCGUCGUCUCCUCCGUCCCUGCUCCUGCUGGCUCCUGCUGCUCCUCUGCUCUCUGAGGGAGAUGUCAGUGUGGUGUGUGUGGCUCAGGGCUUUUACCCUGACGGUGUCACCGUGUCCUGGUCUGAGGACAGCAGCGGUGUGACGGGGGACGAGGUGCAGACGGCUCCGUAUCAGCGUCAGGAUGAUGGCACCUUCUCCCAGACCAGUGUCCUGAAGCUCAGUAAGCAGCGCUGGAGCUCUGGGAGAACCUACACGUGCAGCCUGAGUCACCCGGCGCUUUCCACACCGCUGAGCCAGAGCACCAGCCUCAACCAGUGUGUGUAGACCGAUCACACACAGCUGUGUUACAUACAGAGAGAAAUAUAUAUAAUGCAUCUCAGUGAACACAACUUGUCUUUAAUAAUGAGUGUGUUGUCCAUUUAAACAAGUUCUUCUGUUAUUGUGAAAAGAGUUUCGUGAAGCUCUUCUUUGUUGCUUACUCUAGUAAAUAAAGCAUUUAAAUGUUUCAAAUGAAA